GUGAUGGAAGGGACCCAGUCUCUCUUAUUGCUAAUUAGGAAUUCAGGCUUUUAUAAGAUGCUGUCUAGCUAGAUCGCCACAACCUUGCAUUAGAAGUUCAGAACAACCAUCCCUCCUCCCCAAAAGUAGAGAAGGAAUUCUUGUUUCAGGCUUUAAUAUUUCUUUCUCCCAUGGAAUUCUCUAGCACUAAGAGUUCAAAUUAUCAUACAAUCUACCAUGUUCACAAGCUGACAGUAUGGGAUAUAUUUAAGCUCUUAGUGUCGUGGAGAAGCGUAGAAAGUUAUCAGUUUGUACAGCACUGUCAUGAGCCUAACGAUUCUGAUGAGAAUUUCAUGAAUAAGGCUGGUUGGUUUACUGUUCUAGUCUGGAUGCUGCAGAAGAUGUUGAUAUGGUUCCAUGGACCAUUAAAAACACUGGGUCAUCUGGUGGAAGCUAUCUUGAAUUUGGUUUCUCGAAAUGGAGGCAUUGUGCAGUUGUUUCUGAAGACUAUAUCAGGAUCACUUCCGAAACCCAUAAAAGAAAACUCAAAAGAUUUCCAGUCAUUUCUCGCCCAUGUAGAUGGACGGAAGGAUCUCUACAAAGCGUCUUCCGGCCUUCUUAGCUCUCUACCGGCGGAGAUAGACGAGAACACCAUUAAGGAUAUAAAUGUUCAAGACCUCUGCAUGAUGGCAGCAAAAGUAGCCUACGAGAACAAAGCAUAUGCCACAGUCGUGGUUAAUAAACACUGGAAGAUGCACCUUGGGGGAUUCUUCCAGUUCUAUAAUGAUUAUACGAAAAAGAAUGAUACCCAAGCUUUCAUAUGCUGUGACAAGCCAAAGAAGGUUCGGUUGAUCAUUGUCUCAUUCCGUGGCACAGAGAUGUUCAAUGCUGAUGACUGGUUGACAGACCUGGACCUUUCUUGGAUCUCUUUCGGUGGAAUUGGAAGAGUUCAUUUAGGAUUCAUGAAAGCACUUGGCCUACAUGAAGAUGAAACGAAUGGAAUUCGGCCAAGGGAGUAUUCUGGGGAGAACAAUCUGGCAUACUACACCAUAAGACAGAAGCUGAGAGCAUUGCUGGAAGAAAACCCAGAUGCCAAGAUCUUAGUGACAGGACAUAGCUUAGGUGGUGCCCUUGCAAUCCUGUUUGUUUCUGGACUUGUGUAUCACCAGGAAGCUGCCUUGCUGAACAGCUUGCUGGGUGUCUACACAUUUGGGCAGCCCAGAGUUGGGGAUGAGAGUUUUGGGAGAUUGAUGGAAGCAAAGUUGAAGCAGAAGUACUUCAGAGUUGUGUACAGAUAUGACAUUGUUCCCAGGUUGCCUUUUGGUGACCCCAUUACACAGUUUGCCCACUUUGGAAAUUGCAUCUACUACAGUAGCUGGUACAAGGCACAGGUGUUGAGAGAAGAACCAAAUGAGAACUACAUCAAUCCUUUCUUCCUCAUUCCCAUGCAUUUCAAUGCUUGCUUGGACCUGCUUAGAGCCUUCUAUGUGGGUAGGAAAGGGAAAAGCUUUGAGGAGAAUUCCCUAUCUUUGUUUGUUAGGCUUAUAGGGAUUCUGGUUCCUGGUGUGAGUAGCCACUUUCCUAGGGACUACAUCAAUAGCGCAAGGCUGAGCACAACAAUUGACCAAGCAGAAGAAGAGAGAAAAGAUGAUUGAUUGAUUCUAAAGGGUUUUCAUUUUUUUUUUCCUCUGCAAAUAAGGGUUUUAAUUGUAAAGGGUUUUAAUUAUUUAAUUCAAAAUCCGCAUUCGAUAUUGAUUUGAAUUUAUUGCUGCAUUUCCUGUAAGAUAUAUUAGAAUAGUUUAUUGUUUUCAUCGGGUUGGA